AUGGGCGUUAUCACUCUUCUGUCUCGCCUGAAAUGCGGCGUAUUUGCAUUUCUAAUCAUUAUCUACACACCAAUACUACAAGGAGAAGAACAACCACAAUGUCCAAGCUUAGCAGAGAACCCAAUUUGUCCUUGUUAUAGUUUUAAAGAAGGUAUAUAUUUGGAAUGCCCCAGCGCAACACCGGGGGUCGUAAAAAAUGUGCUGUCCAAGAUAAGAGGAAACAUCCACUCGCUCUCAAUAUACGACUUAGAAAUAUCAACGACUGAACUAAAUGCAGAUAUCUUCCCACCAAAAAUAAAAAUAACUAAUCUACAGAUCUCGCAGUCGGGAAUAAACAAAAUAAGCCCUAACGCUUUUACAUCGGUACGUGACUCGUUAGGAUCUUUGAGCAUAAUUUCCGGUAAAUUGAGCAAAAUUCCGCAUGAAUCAUUCUUGGAACUUCACAAUAUUACGGCACUUGAUUUACAGCUUAACGACAUCAAAGAUAUUCAAGCAAAUACAUUCAGAAAUCUUAAGUUGAAUAAAAUAAAUUUGAAAGGAAACAAAAUAGCCAAUAUUUCAGAAAAUGCAUUUUACAAUUUAGAAGAAUCUCUGGGAGAACUCGACAUGAGUGAAAAUUUUCUAACAGUUUUUCCUUUAAAACCUUUGGCUAAAUUAAAUAAUAUCAGCAGUCUACGACUCGCGUGGAAUAAAAUAAAUUCAAUUCCGGACGACAUAAAUGUUACAAUAGCAAAUCUAGAGAGUUUAGAUCUAAAUUCAAACUAUUUUACUAGAAUAGAAAAGUAUUGGUUUAGGUGUAUGCCUAGAAUAAAGAUUUUAACAUUUUUUAGUAAUCAAAUUCAGCAAAUUGAUGAAGGAGCAUUUUAUUCUUUACAAAAACUAGAAACUGUGGAUUUAAGCCGUAACAAAAUAACAACGCUUGCUAAGAAUAUUUUUCAAAAGAACCCCAGCAUUCGCACUAUAGAUUUGAGUUACAAUCAUCUCCAUCACAUAAAUGGAGUUUUUUCAAACCUUCAUGAACUCUCAGAAAUAUUUCUAUCGGAAAAUAACAUCUUGGAGAUAUCCGACGAUGCAUUCGUUAAUGCAUUUGGACUAACAGUUCUUAACUUAGAACAUAAUGCCAUUCAAAAAUUACACCCAAAUAGUUUUACAUCUUUACAAAAUUUAACGCAACUACAUAUGGGAACAAACUUUUUAAAUAAACUUCCUCGUAGUGUAUUCCAAUCAAAUCGUAAACUAAUUACUUUAAGUCUAGAUAAUAAUGAAAUUAAUGAAUUAGACGAAUUGGUGUUUGAGAAAUUGGAUGACUUGAAAGAAAUACGUUUGCAAAAUAAUAAGUUAAGUCAAAUCAAAAGAAAUGUAUUUAGUCCAUUGCCAGGGCUGUUAGAACUACAUUUGCAAAAUAACCUUGUACAAACUAUAGACUCUCAUGCAUUCAUUACCCUUAAACGGCUUCAACACAUUAAUUUGCAGGGUAAUCGCUUGACAACUAUUGGGGAUGUAUUCCCAAACAGAAAUUCAUCCUUGGUUUCUAUUCAACUUGGUGCAAAUUAUUUAUCAAUGUUAAAAAACAGCUCUCUUAGAGGGCAGAUGAACGUGCAAAUAAUGUGGCUAAGCCAAAAUAACAUAAAAGUAUUAACAUCUAAUCUUUUCAAUGAUUUGUUAAAUAUUCAAAGGCUGUAUCUAAAAAAUAAUAGUAUUGUACAUAUUGAAAAUAGAACAUUUAUGCACUUGAAAAAAAUUAAGUUUCUAGAUUUAAGUAAUAAUAAGCUUGUUAAACUAAGUAAUGAGACGUUUUAUAAACUUGUAACGUUGGAAGAACUGUACCUACAAAAUAAUCACAUAAAUCAAGUCACCAAAGAUACAUUUCAGUUUUUAAUUAAAUUAAAAGUAUUAGAUUUAUCGCAAAACGACAUCGUUAUAUUUAAUUUUGAUAUUUCUUCAUUGCCCAUUAAGCAGCUUAGACUGAGUAAAAAUUCUAUAGCAAUAAUUGAAGUAGAUUCACUUAAAAGUUUACCAAAUUUGAGUGAUCUGGAAAUGAAUAACAAUGACUUGACUUGGGAAGAUAUUAUUCAGAUACAGAUACCUGGACUGAAAUCUUUGAUAAUAUCCGAGAAUAACUUCACAUUGUUGGAAAAUAAGACGUUUGCUCAUCUUCCUUCAUUACAAACUCUGUCUCUAGAGUUAUCAAAUAUAUCGCAACUGCCGCCGACGACAUUCAUUAAAAAUCAGAAUCUGUUGAGAAUAAAUUUAGCUUAUAAUAAUCUGCGAGACUUACACAAAGAUGUCUUCGCAUACACAACAAUAUUACAAGAACUCAAUUUAAAAGGAAACAAUUUCACAGAUUUCCCUCACCACGCGCUCUUCAAUGUAACUUCAUUAGAAAUAUUAGAUUUAUGUGGCAAUCAACUACACAGUAUUGACUUCUUCAAAUUUAUCGGUCUACAGAACUUGCGAUCACUUAAUUUAUGUAAUAAUCGUAUUUCUAUGUUAAAUGGUUUUAAUUCCCCAUCACUUAAAAAUCUAGUUACAGUGAAUUUAAGCAAUAAUAUGUUAACAGUUCUUCCACCGAAUUUUUUUCAUCACUCUGUUGGUUUGAAAGAGAUUGAUUUAUCAUAUAAUCUGUUUAAAAAUAUCCCGAGCAAUGGCUUAUCGGAAGCAGUGCUUCCUGCGCUUACAACACUAAAUAUGUCUUCUAAUUCUUUAGUGCAAUUAUUGCAAACAUAUCCUUCUAAAUUAUUUCCAGUAUUAGAAGAAUUAGUUGUUACUAAUACAAACUUAACGAUUAUCACAAGUAAAGACUUUGAAAAUUUCCCAUCACUGAAGAGAUUGAUAUUGUUACAAAACUCCAUAAUUCGCCUAUCUCCAGGGGCUUUCUCUAAGUUACAUAACUUAGAGCUGCUUGAUUUAAGUCAAAAUAAAUUAGAAAACAUUCCGAGAGAGAGACUCCAAGGAUUGUAUUCCACGCGCGUCCUCAAUAUGUCUCAAAACGUCAUCAGAGAACUGGAAGAUUUCACAUCGGACUUACAAAGUCUGCAGAAGUUAGAUAUCUCAUUUAAUCAUAUUACAAGAAUAAAUAAAGACGUAUUCAGAGGCCUCUCGAGCCUGACAGAGUUGUAUUUGAGUGGAAAUUGGUUAUCAGCCAUAUCUGCAGACGCAUUCCGAAAUCUGAAUAAGAUUGCAUUUAUUGACUUGAGUCGAAAUUACUUUGAAGUAAUACAGAUGAAAAUGCUCAAAGUACUAGAAACGCAGAUAAAAACUAUAUAUUUUAAUGAAAAUCCACUAACUUGCAACUGUGAAACACAAGAGGUUUGGCGAUGGAUGAAAGAACACUAUAAAAUAGUCAUCAAAGGGAGUCGUAACUUGCGUUGUGAACACCCGGAAGAUCUUCAUGGUUAUAGCUUCAUCGAAUUACCAUCCCACAAACUUUGCGACAUACCUAUCGUCAUCCGUAUUGCUAUACAAGAUAUACAAACAUAUUCGAUCAUAGUAUCUUGGCAGAGUCGCAACCAAACUGGUUUGAAUGCAUAUCAAGUAGCUUAUUUUAGCGAGGACAAUCCAACAAUGAUACGAGGAAAAAUUCUCAACGCAACAGCGAGAUCAACGAGACUCAAUAAUUUGACACCAGGAUCCAGAUAUACGGUUUGUGUAAUAGCAGCUGGCAGCUUCGGUCCUUCGACAUCUACAGGAUUUUCAGUACCAGACGCUCGAAUAGCGCUCUCCCCUGAUAUUACAAGUAUAAAUAAUUUGUACUCGGACGAACAAAUCUUUAACCACCUCCGUCCUUAUAUGAACGAUUCUUUGAGCAGUAAAUGUACUAGUGUAAGAACUAUAGAAAUCUUCGGAGCGGCAAUUGACAGUCCUUUUUCUAACACUUACAUGGACAUUGCAGAUAUAUUAACAAGGAGACUAAGUUUGGUUGUGGGCUGUUGUAUUGGAUUUAUAGUGUUCGUCGUAUUAGUUUCUGCGUUAGGGUAUAUUAAAACCAAGAAGAGACAGGUUAUUGUUAAAGCUGAGGUGCAACAAGCUCCACAGUAUAUUUCAUAUGACAAUUUCAAUACGCCUGGUGUAGAGGUUCAGACUACUGACAUGGAUAUAAAUACAAUAACAGAUAAAACAAAAGUACAAUGUAAACACGAUUGA